UGAUCCAUUCAAAAUCCAUCUAAAUGCUAUUGUUGCCAUAUCACAAGCUUCCUCUUUCUGUAAUAAAUAAACUUUAAUACAUCCCACUUUCUAGUCUUUGCUUUGCUUUGCUUUGUUGGGUGUGUUUCGUUUAUUUGUUCUAGUUAUUUUAGACUGAGUUUUCUUUUUGCGUUUCAAGAGCUAAGGUUUUUUUUUUUUUUGGAUGAGAAUGUAAAUGGGUUCCUUAGAAAAUGGGAUCUCGUUGAAGAGAGCCGGUAGUAGGAACGAAAGGAACCCGUUUUCGAGCCGACCCAGAUCGAGAUUUUCUCGGCUUUUGCUCUUCAAGAAGCUAGAUUAUCUCCAAUGGAUUUGCACCGUUGCUGUUUUCCUCUUCUUUGUUGUGUUUUUCCAAAUGUUUUUGCCCGGUUCAGUAAUGGACAAAUCUCAAGGUUCCUUCUUGGAUGAUAAAGAUUCGGUAUUUGGAGAAUUGAGUUAUUUGAAAGAGAUGGGUGGGCUAGAUUUUGGUGAAGAUAUCAGAUUGGAACCGUGCAAGCUAUUAGAGAAGUUUCAGAGAGAAAAUAAACUAGUCAAUUUGGAUUCUUCAUCUGGUUUCAACCGGAGUCAACACCGUUUCCAUUAUAGAAAACCUCAGCUUGCAUUGGUGUUUGCUGAUCUAUUGGCUCACCCACAACAAUUGCUAAUGGUGACCAUUGCAACCGCAUUGAAAGAGAUUGGGUAUGAACUUCAGGUAUACUCCCUUGAAGAUGGUCUUGCACGCAAUGCUUGGCAAAGCAUCGGAGUUCCGGUCACCAUUCUUAAAGUCGAACAGAAUGAGAUUGCUGUUGAUUGGCUGAACUAUGACGGCAUACUCGUUAGCUCUCUUGAGGCCAAGAGUGUCUUUUCUAGUUUUAUUCAGGAACCUUUCAAAUCUAUUCCACUUAUAUGGACAAUCCAUGAACGAGUGCUUGCCAUACGUUCUAGAGAAUACACUUCAAGUGGACAGACUGAGCUUGUGAAUGAUUGGAAAAAAGUUUUCAGUCGUGCUACUGUUGUUGUCUUCCCUAACUAUGCACUUCCGAUGAUCUAUUCGACAUUUGAUUCUGGAAACUAUUAUGUCAUUCCUGGUUCUCCAGCUGUGGUAUGGAAAGGAGAGAAUGCAAUGGAUUUGUUAAAAGAUAGUCAGCGUAUAAAGAUGGGUUAUGGACCUGAUGAAGUACUCAUUGCAAUUGUUGGAAGUCAAUUCAUGUACAAGGGCUUGUGGUUGGAGCAUGCCCUUAUUUUGCAGGCUUUAUUACCCCUCUUUGCUGACAAUAAUUCAAAUUCCCACCCGAAAAUCAUUAUUUUAAGCAGUGAUUCAACAAGCAACUACAGCAUGGCUGUUGAGAGAAUUGCUCUCAACUUGAGGUAUCCUAGUGGUGUGGUGAAGCAUGUGGCUGUUGAGGAAGAAGUCGACAACGUUCUGAGCAUGACUGACAUUGUGAUAUAUGGCUCAUUUCUUGAUGAGCCAUCAUUCCCGGAAGUUUUGACGAAAGCCAUGUCCCUUGGGAAACCAAUCAUAGCACCAGAACUCUCCAAUAUCAGGAAAUAUGUUGAUGACAGGGUAAACGGCUAUAUUUUUCCCAAGGAGAAUAUUAAAGUUUUGACCCAAAUCAUUUUGCAAGUGAUAUCAAAUGGAAAAUUGUCUCCAUUGGCACGCAAUAUUGCUUCGAUCGGGAGAGAAACUGUUAAAAACUUGAUGGUUCAGGAAACUGUUGAAGGAUAUGCCUUUCUACUGGAAAAUGUUCUCAAGCUUCCAUCAGAAGUUGCACCUCAUAAGGCUGUUGCUGAACUUCCUUCAAAGUUAAAAGAAGAAUGGCGAUGGAACCUGUUUGGGUAUUUUCUAAAUUUUACUCUCGAAGACAGGAGUGCCAAUUUUUUGAACAAGUUAGAGGAGCAAUGGAACCAUUCUCGAAGGGAGAAGUUUGGUUCAUUAAUUGCUGUGGAUGAUUCAUUUUCAUAUGAAAUUUGGGAGGAAGAAAAAAGGACGCAUAUUCUCGAUACUAAAAGGAGACGAGAGGAGCAAGAGUUGAAAGAUAGAACUGAUCAACCUCGUGGAACCUGGGAGGACGUAUAUCGAAAUGCCAAGAAGGCGGACCGUAUGAGAAAUGACUUGCACGAAAGGGAUGAAAGGGAACUCGAAAGGAUUGGUCAACCAUUGUGUAUUUAUGAACCUUAUUUUGGUGAAGGAACAUGGCCUUUCCUGCACCAAAAUUCUCUUUACCGUGGAAUUGGAUUGUCCACCAAAGGUCGAAGACCUGGUAUGGAUGAUGUUGAUGGACCGUCUCGUCUGCAACUUCUUAACAACCCAUACUACCGAGACACUCUUGGUGAAUAUGGGGCCUUCUUUGCUAUUGCUAACCGGAUUGACCGUCUACACAGGAAUGCCUGGAUAGGGUUUCAGUCAUGGCGAGCAACAGCUCGGAAGGCAUCCUUGUCCGGAAUUGCUGAAACUUCAUUGUUAGACGCCAUUGAAAAGCGAAAGUAUGGUGACGCAGUAUACUUUUGGGUUCGGAUGGACACUGAUCCAAGAAACAACAUGCAGAGGGACUUUUGGUCAUUUUGUGACGCUAUAAAUGCUGGAAAGUGCAAGCUUGCAUUCUCUGAGACUCUUAAAAGGAUGUAUGGCUUAGGGCAGGAUUUCAACUCUUUGCCACCCAUGCCUGAAGGAGAAGGCACAUGGUCUGUCAUGCAGAGUUGGGCCUUGCCAACAAAGUCCUUCCUAGAGUUCGUUAUGUUCUCAAGGAUGUUUGUGGAUGCAUUAGAUGCACAAAUGUAUGAUGAGCACUAUCAAAGUGGUCACUGUUAUCUGAGUUUCUCGAAGGACAAGCAUUGCUACUCACGGGUGCUUGAGCUGCUUAUAAAUGUUUGGGCAUAUCACAGUGCACGUCGGAUUGUAUACGUGAAUCCUGAAACCGGUGCGAUGCAAGAAUACCACAAGUUCAAGGAUCGGAGGGGUAAAAUGUGGAUCAAAUGGUUUUCAUUCAACACUUUAAAGGUCAUGGAUGAGGAUUUAGCCGAGGAAGCAGAUUCUGACCACCCAAAAAGACGAUGGUUAUGGCCAUCAACAGGUGAGGUCGUCUGGCAAGGUGUUCUUGACAGAGAGAGAAAUCUCCGGAACCGGCAAAAAGAGACAAGGAAGCAGAAAAGCAAAGACAAACUGGAGAGGAUGAGGCAUAAACACCGUCAAAAAGCAUUAGGGAAGUAUGUGAAACCCCUUCCAGAAGAUAUUGAGAUCUCAAAUUCAACAACAGUAACAUCAGUUUAAUUUCAUGUCUGUUUUUUGCAUCUUUGGCAAUAGAACCUAGUUUGAUAAUUCUUUAAUUUUUGAUCUUCUUCUACCCUUUUCUUUUGCUUCUAUGCCUUGUUUAUGUCAGAAAGGAUGCAUCAUUUGUUUAAAUGUGAGUAUUUUUGUAUUUAGCUAACAGCAUCCUUCUGGUCAUUAAUAUUCUUGAAUGGCUCAAACUGUACACUAAGUUUUACCUUUCUCCUUA